CUACCUACAAGGCCGCCAUGGAGACUGAGAGGGGCUCCUUCAUCUCCCGGGACGUGGAGACCCCAAAGAAGGAGGUGCAUCUGCGGGUGACCCCUUCGGAGGUGAAGUUCCUGGACACGCUGGCCGGGAGGGUGUACCGCCUGCCGGUUACCGUACACAACCUCGGCCGUUGCAACCAGAAAAUCCGGUUUCAGGAACCACUCAAGCCACAGUUCAAACUGAUUUUGACCAAUCUGGAUAAAGCACUUGCUUCUGGACUUCAGAUGACAGCUAUGGUGGAAUACCAUCCUGAUAAGGAUGAAGACACUUAUGACCAACUACUUAUUUCAAUAGGAAAUAAAAUAAUAGAGAUCCCUCUACUUGGGUUGAUUCCAGCCUGUCAAUUGGAAAUUGAGUCAGAAGUUAAUUUUGGCACAUUGGUUGCCAAUAGCAAAGUAUAUUGUAAAGAGAUUAAUAUCAUUAAUCAUGGCAGAGCUCCAGGUACAUUUAAAACAGAAUACCAGGGCCAAUUGCCCAUUGUCAUUUUUCCAAGUAAUGGUGUUGUGGAGUCCAAGUCAUCAGUGAUUGUUAAAGUGGAUUUGUGUGCAGACCAGCCCAGAAUUGUAAAUGAAGUGGCAAAAGUAAGUUUGCAAGGUCGUCCAGAUAUGCUCCUGAGGGUCAAAGCUCAUGUGGUUGAGCAGAUUAUUGAAUUGCUAAACAUGAGUGGUGACAAGAAGUUGGAAUGCAUACACUUUGGUUCUGUUUUCUUCGGAACUUCAAAAAUUGAACAUGCACUUCUGUACAAUAAUAACCCAGAACCCAUAAAUUGGGUGGCCAUAAUACAGGAUGAUUCAGUUGGAGAAGAACUGGGUACUAAUAUUCAACAAAGAACAGAUGUUGCUUUAAAUAAUCUCCCUUACUUAAGCCGAAUAAAGAACAUAGAUGUUACCACUUUUAUCUCCUGUAUUCCUAAUGAAGGGAGGUUGCUACCUUAUCAAAAGACCAUAAUUACAUUUUGUUUCAGCCCAAAGCUAAUUAUUGAUGGUAAAAAGAAUUACGAUCCUUCACAUAGGCAAGACUAUGCUCUUUUUUUGAGAUUUGAGUCUGUGGGAAGUAAAGAUGGAUUUCUGAGAGAUGAUAACAAUAAAACCAUCAAAAGUGAUCGAUUUCGGAAAGUGGAAUUAGCACUGACGGGCUCAGGACUUCCUGUCAUUCUACACUUUGAUCCUGGAAAUUUCCUUAAUUUUGCACCUUGUUUUAUGGGUGAACGUUCAGAGACGGUGUGUAUUAUGCAAAAUCGAUCCAAGUCACUUUCCGUGACGUACCGCUUUAAAAAAACUGCACAUUUUAAAAUUGAUCCUGAAAGGGGCAAGAUUGAUGAAGGAUGUAUCCAGAAUGUGAUAUGUUCAUUCAUUCCACAUCAAGUAGGAGUCUUUAAAGUGAAGCAAUUGAUGGAGAUUAUUGGCUCAGUGGCAGAUGAAAAUUUUCAGUCUACAUCUCUGAAACCUUUUCAUCAAAUAUAUUUAUAUUUCAAGAGUGUCUGCAAACCUUCCACCAAGAAAGUUGUGAUGAAAGUUAAUCCUGGUAUAUCCCCUUUGGUCAGUAAUCCAACGGGACAGUUUGUGGUCAGAGACUUGCCAAAAUACAAGGACUGUGCGCCUGUUGCAAUGCUUCAAUCAACCAUGACACACCUUCACAAUCAUCACCUAAGUAAAGAGUCACCAAAGGAUGCACUGAUAGCUUUUCCCAAUGAUCGAGCUGCAAGUAUCAGGUCUGGAGACCAGCAUAAACAUUUCAGGACGAUUUUCACAAAGAUUCCAAGAUAUAACUAUGUGGAUCCUGAUUUUGCGUACACUAAAUUGGAAAGAAUUGGAAAGCAAGAACAUGAAAACUAUUAUGAAAGAUAUAUUAAACAUUUAAGAAAUGUGCGCAUGCAGAAACAGGCAGAGAGUAGGGAAUGUAUGGAUUCAUAUAACAAUACAGACAUAGGAUUACAGCCAGCAUCAGGUCUAAAGUCACCUUCGCUCUCAGAAACGGAAAUAGAAGAGGAAUUAUCUGCAGCACGGCGUCGGAUCAGACGUAACCAGUUGCUAAAUACUAGGAAUAUAGCAUCCAAGGAGACAAAGGCUCUGAAAACAAAGGUUCUCAAAGGACUUAAAUCAGACCCAUCCACACCCCAUGAAAAACAUGACUGCAGCUUAAUUUUGACACCAAAGCAAAUUCAUCAAGUAAUUGUUGGGCCCUCUGUCCUUAAUUUUGGUGAUAUUUGCGUGAACUCCACAAAUACUCGUCUACUGCAUGUUGUUAAUAUGCUACCUAUGCAUAUUUUGAUCCAGCUAGAUAUUAAUUUGAAAGAACUUCAGAAAACCAACCAGUUUUCAUAUGUGAUUCCACCUACAGCUAGUACUUACAUUUCAGUGGUAUUUGAAUCUCCCACCAUUGGAAAAUUUUGGAAGUCAUUCACCUUUACAGUGAACAAUAUACCUGGUGGGCAUAUCCUAGUGAUGGCCGUUGUCAUGCCAGUAGAACUGGAGCUAUCUUCUAAAGAGCUAGUUUUGAGACCACACGGCUUCUCGGUGAAAACAUGUUUUAUGGGGACAGUUGGUUUGUAUAACCAUCAGAAUUAUUUUGCCAAAUUUGAAUGGCAACCAGUAAACACAGAAAGAGGAAUGUCAUUUUCCAUUCGUCCAGCUAAAGGCACUGUUGAACCAUAUUCCUCCUUGCAGUGUGAAGUAACAUGGCAGCCAGGUUUCAGUUCUCCGGAAAGGGGAGAAUUUGUUCUUCACGUCAAUGAAGGAAACACGAUGACCCUAAAAUGUGUUGCACAAGUUGGCCACACCAAGGUCGUAUUUUUGGAGCCAAGGAUCCUCUUCAGUAAUAGCCCUCAAGGUUUAACAACUUGGAGGAAAGCGAUUCUACACAAUGUAGGACAAAACCAUGCUUAUUUCAAGGUUUGUGACCAGAGUCUUUUGUCUACCAUUAAUAUUGUUCCAUCACAAGGAAUAAUUCCAUUUGGGGGGCUAACUGUUCUCAAUAUCUCCUGUACACCAACUGUAGCAGAAAAAUUUGAUACAAGAGCAAAGGUUGCUAUUCGCCAUGCAAAUGUCAUAGACCUUAGGAUUGGUGGAUCUGUUGAGAUUGCUGAUGUGGAAAUUAACCCGGGCGUAUUUAACUUCAGUGGUACCUAUGUUGGCGCUACUCAGAUUAUUCCAUUUAUAAUAAAAAACAAAGGUAUAACACGUGCCAGAGUGGAAUUUAAUCUACAAGACUUUGAAUGUUUUUCUCUGGACUUCCAACGUAAAUUAGGGCAUUUCACAGACCCUGCAUUUCCUGACAUAUAUUCUCUGGAGGUAGAGGAAGGGACAUCUCUGGAAUGUGGCAUAGCAUUUUCUCCCAAAGAAGUGGCAACGUAUGACUUUUGCAUUCAAGUUCAAAUUAAUUUCUUUGAGGCUUCAGAACUUUACACUAAAUGUUGUUUGUCAAAAUCUCCUAUGAUUCCGAAGACAACACCACUUAUUCGACCAUGCUAUGUUCAAGCUACUGUAUUGCAAGCACCAUUGAGAUUAUCCAGCACUGAUUUUACAUUUGAAAUCCCAUUGUAUACUAUGGAUCCUAAUAACAAAGUCACAAAAACUCAGGAUCUUGUCUUACAUAAUACUUCAAAACAAGAUGUGAAAUGGACUUUGGAUAUUAGUAAUACUGGCAAACUUUUCAAAGAUGGCACAUUCAAGAUUAGUGUGCUGAGUGGGAUUCUGCAACCACAUAAUGAAAUUAAUGUUUCCAUAAGUUUCUGUCCAAGUCAUCCUACAAAAUACACAGCCGAUAUUCCCAUUCAUCUAAAUGAUAAUCCAAUUUGCUAUCGAAUGUUAUGUUUGGUUGGAGAGGUAAAAUCACCCAAGUUAUCGUUUGACCCUCCGUUCAUAUUUUUCACUCCUGUUCCUCUGGACGUAACAACUAAGAUGAAUGUCAACAUUUUACCUCAAAACUAUUUCAGAGAUUCCACUUUAGAUGUCCAGAUUCCCACAGUGAGCCUUCUUGAUGGUGAUGAGGCUCAACCUCUUUCUGUAACGUUUCCAAAAGGCUGUGUCAUCACAGGGUCUUCCAGUGGAAUAAAUGCUCAGCUCACCUGCCACCUCAGCUUUAAAUCAUCUAAACCUGUGUCAUUUUUCACCGAUAUUCUUUUCUGUGAUAACAGAGAUAACUGGUUUUUGCUUCCAGUUACUGGAACAGCAGAAAACUGUCUUCUUACUAUUUGCCCAUAUAUGGCAACUCAUCUUGAUAAACAAACAAUUAUUUUAAAGGAAGAUAAGAGUGACAUUUCUGUGAAGAGUGGAGAAAAUGUGUUGCUUCCCUACCAAGAAGAUGGUUUACUCUCUUCUACUUUGACUAAACGUAAUGAUGUUGAGCCUGCAAAGAAAAAAUUAUUUGUUGGUAUCGAAAUAAUACCUGAAAGAUUGAACUCGGGCAAAAGUAAAACCUCAAAGGAAAACAAAGAUAAAUCUAUGAAAAACGAGGCGAAAAAUGAGCACUUCUUUUCUCUUGAAGAAGGAACAAAGGCAUAUGACUUCUUUGAAAAGGUUGUACAGGCUGCUCAGACCUGGUUCAGUCUCUUUGGCUGGCCUGAAGGACCCCAUUCUCUUUCUAUUCCAGAAACUAUAAGAAGGGAGGUGUAUAAAAUGCAAUUUUACUCAUCAGCCUCGCCAUCCCAAAAAUUUUCCAGACUGAAUGACUUUUCCAAAUAUAAUAAGACCAUUUAUGAUGUGAUACUACACUUGAGUGGAAAACUGCCACCUGGAAUUCAUUCAAGUCAGUCUUUACCUGUGGAUUAUACUGAAAGGGUGAUUCAACUUCAUUUUCAACAUUCUUCACUUCUUGACUUUCUCAACGCUCAAGGAGCAUGUAUUUCUCAUGUGCUGCCAGAAUUUCUGCUUGAACCAGAAGAUUAUAAAAAGUGGCUUGAAAUUACAGAAAAACCUUCUAUUGUUAUAGAGAUGACUCGGUUUGAAGCCUGGAGUAAAGGGGCAUGGACAGAUGUAUUCCUUCAGAUAUACAAGGUUCUGGUACUAUCCCGGGUUGUACCACACUGCAGCAGUAAUCUGCCCCCCAUUCAUGUGCAAAAUUCACCAAAGGUCAAUCCUUGUUUUGUAUCCAGCAACAUAUAUUCGAGUUCUGAAAGGAUUCUGCUUAAUUGGAUGAACACAAAUUAUGAGAAUGCCCGACAUAUUAUAUGGAAGAACUGUCCCAAUGGAGUUAUUCCCUCUGAGAGAUGGAUAGUAAAUUUUGACCAGGACCUUUUAGAUGGCCUCGUUUUUGCAACACAAUUGGGAGCCUAUUGUCCAUUUUUGAUUGAAUCACAUCUUAUACAUAUGUAUACACAACCAAAAAGUUCUGAACAGUAUCUGCACAACUGCCUGAUCAUUGUGAAUGUACUUCGUGAAAUUGGCUUUGACAUUGACAUACAGGCCACUGACAUCUGUGAUCCUAACCCAAUCCUGAUGCUCAUGCUUUGUGUCUACAUGUAUGAAAGGCUCCCUACGUAUCUCCCCAAGAAGGUGGUGCCCUUUUAUUGUACUCUACAUGACACUGUGCUAAGACAGAUUCUACUGAAAAAUUCAAGCUUGAAAAACUUGGUGUAUAAUGCUACAAUUGUUGGGAAAGAUGCUGCUGACUUCUCCCUUUCCCAAACUGGGAAUAUUGUGACAAUAUCUUCAAAAAACGAAAUCAGUAUCACUGUGAAAUUCACCAGUCGCUUCCUUCAUCCUGCUGAAGCUUCACUGUUAUUGAUUUCAAAACCUAAGCAUGGGAUAGGAGGCACUACAAUGACUUUUGCUCUUAAGGGUGAAGUCCUCAACUUUAAGGCCAUUGAAAUUAUAAAUUGUAAAUCCCCAUGUUACACAUGGAAAGAAAUCACUGUAAAGGUUAAAAAUCCCUUCCAUUCUGCUGGGGACUUCAGUGUCACAUUGGUGGAAUCCUCAACAUUUAUCUCUUUGCCAUCUCAAUUAACUGAAUCUGGACAACUCAUUAACCACAAGAACAGUGGGGAUGCUGGGAGUAGCCCUGAAAGUGGUGAUGUUGAGAGUUGUUGGCAUUUCUCAAACGCCUUAAAAACCUCAAUUAAGUCCACUUUCAUCAGAGAAUUCUUCUGCUCCACUCAUACUCUUCACCUGGGAGUGAAGAGGACUUCAAGCCUGGAGCUCCUGUUUCUUCCCUUUGACAUGCACACGCGCUACUGUGUCAUCAUCCUCAGAAACAAAGCGAUUGGAGAAUUAAUUUAUGUUGUGGAAGGAAAAGGUACGAUCCCAUUGCCUUCCAGCUUCCACCCAACGGAUUCCUCAACUCCACUUGACUACAGCAGUUCUCCAGAGGAAGUGUUAAGUAAGGACAGUCCUGUUCUGUAUUUGAAAUGUGAGCUCCGUCAGGUCUUGGAUGUGGACCUUAAGUUGCCACUGACUAAUGAAGCCAAGGAGAAGGCCUUGGCUUUUGCAGCACAGCAGCAGAUGUCGGAUAUAGAGUAUGAGCGACGGUUGAUCACAGGCACUCUGGAGAGCAGUAGUGUUCGCGUGGCCAUCGCCCUCCUGGGGCUGACGAAGAUUGAGACUUGUGUUCUCUUUACUACCUCAAAGUUGAAGAAGCCUAAGUCCAUUUCAUACACAGCAGAACUGAGCCUUCCAGAACAUUUUGAUAUCCCCAAGAAAAUCUACAUUCCUCAGAUUCCAGAAACUCAAACUAAAUUGACUCAGCCUCAAGGAAUUCAACCUGCAAAUAAAACAGUUGCAGAUGGAUCCGUUCUAGUUCCUUUACGAUUUGUUCCUCUCAGUGCUGGACGCUACCCUUGUAAAAUUUUGUUGACAUCAUGGUAUGACGUGCGUGUCUAUUGCAUUGAAGGUAUAGUAAAUGCAGAAGAACCAGAGGCCAGGUUUGAAUUUGAAACACCAGCAUUUGAAGCCCUUACCCAGAAUAUUCCAGUGAAUAACAAAACAAAGAAUGAAUGGAAAUGUCAAGUUACUAUAGAAGGAGAAUGGUUUUAUGGACCUUCUGUUUUAUAUGUUGGAGCAGGUGAAACUGUGCAGUAUCCUCUCACAUUCAGACCUAUUUUGGAAUGUGAGAUUAUGGGCAGACUUAUUGUGCAAAAUGAAGCAGAUGGUAUGGAGUAUGUCUUUGACAUAAAAGGGAUUGGAAAAAGACCCCUGGCCUUGGAACACAUCAUUAUAAACUGUCAAGUAGGAGAAAUGACAAAUAAACCCAUAAUGGUGCCCAAUCAUACAAAGACCAUCCAAACAUUUAAGGUAUCUUCAGAUCUUCCAAUGGUGUGGGGAAAUCCAGUCAUCACCAUAGACUCUGAUAGCACAAUUCCAUAUAUUCUACACGUUUUGCCUUGGAAACGUGGUAUAUUCAAAGGUGCAAUCUCAUUUUCUGUUAAAAGAAGACAAGAGGAUGAAUCUCAGCAAGAACCAGAUCAAGAUGAUAAUCAAGUACCCUCCUUUCAGAAAUCCUUAUCACAACCAUCCCCCCAAAAUACUGAUGACGACUCAGGUGCAAUCUCAUUUUCUGUUAAAAGAAGACAAGAGGAUGAAUCUCAGCAAGAACCAGAUCAAGAUGAUAAUCAAGUACCCUCCUUUCAGAAAUCCUUAUCACAACCAUCCCCCCAAAAUACUGAUGACGACUCAGGUGCAAUCUCAUUUUCUGUUAAAAGAAGACAAGAGGAUGAAUCUCAGGAAGAACCAGAUCAACAUGACAUUCGAGUACCCUCCUUUCAGAAAUCAGUAUCAGAACUAUCCCCCCAAAUUGAUGAGGAAGACCCAGAUGAUGGUGCUAGCAAUAUCCGAGUCUGGUACAGUCUUGAGAUCCAUAGCUCUCCGGGACCACCAGUAGACAUUAUUGAAAUGAAGUGCUCUGCUCUGGAGAGCAUUUGCAUUGAAAUACCUCUCUCUAAUCCAAAAAAGAGAAUUAUUCACUUAGAUGUGCAGUUAUCAAAUGCUGCUCUUAAUGGACUCAAGAAACUUCAGCUGUAUCCACUAGAAUGUACUAAGUAUGUGGCACGGUAUUCUCCAGCAACUCCGGGCUGUAGAGAUGAAAGCAUUGUUUUUCAACCUAAUGUGGCUCUGGAGUUUUGGUAUUUACUGAGAUUAACUACUGAAUUACCAAAACCAACCACAAUACCAGAAGUACAAUGUGACCUUGGCAAGUGCAUGGCUCAGAUGAUUUCUUUAGUUAAUCCCACACACGAAACCUUAGAAUUGCAAGCAACAAACAGUAAUCCUGAAAAUUUUGUCUUGGAUGUUCACAGAUCGGUGCUGACCAUACCUCCUCACUCCACCAAAGAGGUAUCUGUUCAUUUCUGUCCUUCUGCUCUUGGAAGAACUGGUCAUCAAGCUUCUAUCAUCUUCCACUGUGCUCAGUUUACAGAAUGGAGAUUCUUCCUCUCUGGAAUAGGACUAUUCCCCCAGCCUAUAGACAUAAAAAGAAUAACCGCAUACCUCAGUCUUCAAUCAUCUGUUGUUAUAACUUUCCAAAAUCCCACCAAGGAAGAUGUUCUAAUCGAUAUCAUACUAACAAGUCGGGAAAAGCCCAGGCAUCUCAUCCUUGACCAUCACUGGGAUAAGUUCUUCAGGCAGACUUCUGCUUUCAGUUUUAGUGGCCUGAGUCACACAAAAGGAAUCACAUUGCCUCCUAAAGAGAAUAUAGAUAUCCCAGUGUUAUUUAUGCCCAACACUAUGAAAUUACACAGAACAAUGGUCAUUGUUCAAAUGAUGAGGGCAAAUAGAGAAAGUUGGCCUAUUGACAAUUUUGAAGAAUUAGACACAGAAAUGAAAAGAACAAUGGGAACAGCAAGUAGAGAAAUCCCAGAAAUACACUGGAUAUACCCUAUUCUUGGACUCCCACAGGCACUAUAUCCUAAAUGCCCUCCAGUUGUUAUAAAAUGUCAGUCCAGGAAGCGGGUAGAAGAGGAAGUGGAAGUCACGCUGACUGGUGAUUUUUUUGGAGAAAAUCCUAUCUUAGAUUCAACAGAUUUUGUAGUGAUUCCAAAAAGAAAUUCAUGUAAAUUUGAUGAAGAUGUGGAUGAUAUGUCUAUAAAACGUGAAUUUGAAUAUGAAAUUCAAUUUGAAUCUGACGUUGUGAAGUCUAACUUGGAAUCCUGCAUGGCUUUGUAUUUGAUCAAAAAAUCUUUUAAUGUUAUGGCUAAAGUGAUAACAUUGGUCUUCAAUUUGAUAUUUGCACCAAAGAAACCAUUGAGGACUCAAAUUACUCUGAAAAUAGAGUGCAUAACAGAUGGGAUCUGGAAGUUUCCCAUAACAUUGGUUGGUACUGAGCCUGAUGUGGAUGAUGUCAUUGAUAUUGAAGGGGUUGGUUUAUUUAAGGAAUCUAUUGUCAACUUCAGGCUGACAAGUCAGACGAGAAAUCCUGAGCCAUUCACUGCAUACUUCCUACCUGGCAGUGAUCCUGCGUUUUUUGUAAAACCUAAGGUUGGAAAACUUCUUCCUUUUGACACUGAAGGAACUCUCAUCAUUGUGGGUUUUAAACCCCAAAUGUACAGUAGGAAGUACAAAGCAACAUUAGCAAUACAGACACCGGACAUGUACUGGUUGUAUGAUAUCAAUGGGUUACCUCAAGUUACCAAGCCACUGAUGAAUGUCAAAGCCAAAGUUGACACUACUAACAAGAUGUUUGAUAGACGGCCAGUUGGUCAGCACAAUUUUAUCCGUGAAAAUGCUAAACUCAUAAGGACAGGGGUGUCCUCUACCAUCAAGGGUGCGCCUUUGAUGUUGAAGAAUAAAUAAAUACUUUUUCCCAAAAUAUUUCUUGAGCUUCAGUAGAAUUGAACAUAUUUUCAUGAUUGUUCUUUCGUCUUCUGGAGUAUUUCUAAGGAGUAACGUUUCAAUUAUAAUAGGCCUUCUCUACUUUUUAAACUGACUAAAUCUAUUCUCUGAAUAUGUUAUACCUGAUUUCUGUUAUGUGUAUCUUUGAACAUAGACUGGUUGCAAAUUAUUGGGAUUGGUUCCCUUUUAAGUUACAGAGUACAUUUGUAGCAAAGGAAAAAUGAUUUCAGCUUAGAAAUCCAUGCACAUAAGUAUAUGUAGUCCAUAUGCUUCUACAGUGAGUCUUUAAACAAUAUAGAUAUAUUUCAAAAUGAUCCUGGAGAAAAUUCAUUUUCUCAAAGUAAAAGAGAGCAUUUUGCUCGGUAGUUGUCAGUCAGAAAAAUAGAAUAAUAAACAACAAAUACGGACCAUCUUUAAGACACUUUGGCACAAAAUGACUGGCUCUGCCACGAAUUAGUCAUUCAAAUGAUUUUAAGCAAAUCGCUUCCCCUUUUUGUGCCCUAUUUUCUUACGUGCAAAACAAAAGAACUAUACUAGGACAAGAAUUUGCAAACCAUAGAUCUAGUCUGCCACUUCUUUUUAUACCCCUACUAACAAAUAAGAGACUUCUGCAUUUUUAAAUGGUUGAAAAAAUUAAUAGAAGAAUAUUAAGUAACACAAGAAAACUGCAUAAAAUUCAAAUUUUAUUGUCUAUAAAUAAAGUUUUACGGAAACAUAGCCACAGUCAUUUCUUUGUGUAUUGUCUGUGCCUGCU